UUCGUUUUGUCUCGGCGCCAAACCGGAAGGUCUGCAUGUGGAACACGCAUAUUUCCAAGUUGUUUCAUGCUCUUUGUUUGAAGGGAACAACAGUGACAUUUUUUAAGAUGUCUUCCUCUCGAUCUCUCAGCAAUGUGUUAAUAUACAAAGGAGAGGGAGCUAAAGAGGAAAAUGUGGAACAACUCUUUAAACAAAUAUCCAGAUAUGUAUCGCCAAAUAAAUACAACAUCAAGACUAUUUCACCUAAAGAAACCAAACAAGGAGCUUGGAGGUCGUCAACAGCUCUGUACGUGAUAGGAGGAGGUUAUGAUCUGGGUUUCAUCACGGCUCUUGGCGACGAGGGCACAAUAAAGAUCCGCGACUAUGUACGCACAGGUGGCAGGUACCUGGGUAUAUGUGCCGGGGCCUACUUCGCGUGUGAUCGUAUAGAGUUUGACAAGGGUGGACCUCAGCAGGUGUGUGGAGACAGAAUCCUGAAAUUUUUCCCAGGUGUGUGUGUUGGCCCUGUUCAUGGCCCCUACAACUACAACAUCAAGGUCAGUGCCAGAGCAGUGCCCCUCCAGUUCACAGACCCACAUUGGAACCCCAAACAGAGCAUCUCCUUGAAAGGCUACUUCAAUGGAGGUGGAAUGUUUUUGCCACAAGAUUUGUUUAACAAAUGUUCAAUUACCAGAGACCCGGAGAGCUACGACCAAGACCUUAGUGAUGAUGUGGAUGACAAAAUUCGUCAAGAAAUCAAGGACAGGCAUGUGUUGGGUGUGAAUGCUGAAACAGGAAAUAAACAGGUUAAAAACUUAAAUGACCAACAAACUGGAACUAUAAAGGACAUUCUUUGUCACUUUUCUGAGGUCAAAGGUAAACCGUUAGCUGCCAUAACAUGUAAGGUUGGUGAGGGAUUGGCGGUGUUGUCAGCCGUACACCUAGAGAUGGACAGCCCGAGCCUUAACAAACAGGACAAGUUCUUACAACCAAUCAUUACUCAGCUGUCACCCUAUGAUGGGGAACAGGAGAGGUGCUUUGGUUCUCUGUUACAUCAUGCUGGAUUGGACAUUUUGUCAUCUUAAUUGUUCAAAACAAUUUUCAGCAGUUGAGUUUUAGGAAAAUAUUUUGUUUUCAACAUACUUUUACACACUUGAAAUCAUAUAUAAGAUUUUAUUUGUACUGUUGAGUUAUUGAUAUACGUAAUUGUUGAAGCAUUAAUAUUAAGUUUAAUGCAUGAAAUGUACAUUGAUUAAUGAUUAUUUUGUAAUGUAGACAAACUGCAAUUUGUUUAGCAUUACACUGCAUUCUAAUUGAAGUUAUAGGUCUGCAAUUCUGAGAAGUUCAUAAUUAUAGGGCUAUAAGUUUACAUAGAACACAGUUUGAUAUGUAUCUAUUUCUAUAAGCUCACCUGGCACAAACUGUCUGAACUUAUAAUACAAUGGUGCUGCAUCUGUUGGCUGUCAAUCUGGCUCCAUUUUGUUUCCUUACAUGGCUUCUUCUGAAUAACUAAGUGUGAUGCUAUAGGGCUAGUAACACAAUGGGAUGAAGGGAUUUGAAGUUUCUUCAGAUGAAUGACCUUGACCUUCUUACAAGGGCAUAGGGCUUAUGUAUGAUAAAAAAUACAUAAACAAGUUUCUCUUAAAAGCAAAAAGUUAAAGCCUAAAUUAAUUAUGUUUUCCUUGUGGCAUGCUAAGAUGAAGAGAUAUCAGGUUUGUGCAAAUGAAUGACCUCCACCACUUUCAAGGUCACUUGGGUCAAAUAGGUUAAACAGAAGCCUUGAGUCAUACAUGUGACAUGAAAUUUCGUUCAGCUGAAAGACCUGGACAUAUUUUCAAGGCGAUAUGUAUCAAAUAUACCUUGUGAAUAACUUACGAGGUUUAGUCUUUAGGGUCAUAUUUGUAAUGUCUAGUAUUUAUCUUGCUGGGAUAAAACAAUCUGAAUAAAAAAAAUGAAUUUUAUUCAGUAAAAUGACCUUGUCCCAUUUUGAAGAUUACGGGAGCAAAACAAUCUUCCAAUAAAGACCAUUAAGGUGUGGAGUAGCAAUGUAAGCCAGUAGUGGUAGGUAAGGUGUGGAGUAGCAAUCUAAGCCAGUAGUGGUAGGUAAGGUGUGGAGUAGCAAUGUUAGCCAGUAGUGGUAAGUAAGGUGUGGAGUAGCAAUGUAAGCCAGUAGCGGUAGGUAAGGUGUGGAGUAGCAAUGUAAGACAGUAGUGGUAGGUAAGGUGUGGAGUAGCAAUGUUAGCCAGUAGUGGUAAGUAAGGUGUGGAGUAGCAAUGUAAGCCAGUAGCGGUAGGUAAGGUGUGGAGUAGCAAUGUAAGACAGUAGUGGUAGGUAAGGUGUGGAGUAGCAAUGUCAGCCAGUAGUGGUAGGUAAGGUGUGGAGUAGCAAUGUAAGCCAGUAGUGGUAGGUAAGGUGUGGAGUAGCAAUGUAAGCCAGUAGUGGUAGGCUAUCCAGCUAUCACGUUUGUUACAAUGAAUUUGACAUUGGCCCACUUUAAAGGUAACUGAUGCGAGACAUGUUUGCCAAUAGCAUUGAAUAAAACGUGAGCAAUA